AUGCUUCCUCGAGGAGUACCCCCUUAUCCGGGCCCCCUCUCGAUGACGCCCGAACAACAUUAUCAGUUGGUGGAGGCGCGCGCGUUGAUUACGGAGGGGGGCGAUCGCAUUCUGUUCGAAGAGGAUAUUACGCUGAAUGUGGAUUUUGGGACGGGCGUGGAGGAGAGACAUGUGGAGGGAUGUGUGGUGGAGAGGGGUGAGAAGGAGGAGGGUGGUGAAACUGUUUGUGCGGAUGAGAAGAGAGAUGAUGAUCAUGAUGGAGAAUCUUUGUUUGUCGGCACGGGAAAAAUGUCACAGCGGGUUCUAGCACAGCCAGUACCCUCGACCGUCUCGAGCAUGUCGACCGUUCAGGCGGAUGACUUGGAAAAGCGCAAUGCUUCUCUGGGGCUGGAUGAUGAGUACCAAGUAAGUGAAACGGAUGGUUCGGAAGAAAUUGAACUUGAUUCGUCGGGAGUUGUAAUUGCUUACGAGCAUGCGCCUUCUCUAUUAUUUCGUUCUGUGGAAAAUGUUUCGCGUGAGAGAGGAAGGAGUGUUGGUCAAGAUUUACACGCAACUUGGAAUUCGCAGGUCGAGAAUAAGGAUUGCAGGUCUGAUAAGGCUAAAGGCGAAGUAGCAAGAAGUCUUUCCAAGGGAAGUCUAUCAAUCGAUAGAAGCAGAGAUAAAGAAAGAGGAAGCGACGACAGUGUAGGGUCUGGAACAAGCAAGGCAUGGAACUUUACUCGGAGUCUCAGCAGACGGAGUAAUAACUCGGGACAUUCAUCACAGACAAUCCGACCUACAAAAGAUGACCACGUCAUGCUUGGAGCGCAAAUGGACGGGAGUGAAUCUCCAGACCAACAUUCUUCUUUCGAGGAAGGCGAAAGUCUCAACAUGAGUUUUCAAGGCGAUGAGGAUAUCAUGGAACCGAGAGAUGGCGCACGACCAUUCAUUGGCCCGCGCCGCAAUCCCGAGAUCCACGAUUUCCCCAGAUUCGACCCCAAACAAUUUACUCCGAGUAAGAAUACGCACGCGCCUUUCGAUAAAUCAAAGUCAAGGAGAAGAUCAGGCUCGGAAUCCGACGUUUCGACUCUGGGGCCGCAGGAAGCGCGCUCUCGCUCUCGCUCUCCUUCUCUACGAUCCCGGCACUACAGUUCCCGCGGCUCGUUCUCGCUCAAUUGGGAUAAUAUUUCUUCGGAUACCGUGUACCAUAAGCAUGCGCGACGCUUCUAUCAGAAUCCGGCGGCAUACGGUGCGGAGAUCCCGGGGUAUAAUCCCGAGACGGAUAAUCCGUAUUUGGCGUAUGAUCGGUAUCAGGAAGUGAGUGAGUGGGCGGAUAGUACCGAGGAAGCGGAUCCUGAUCAUGUUGUUGCGUUGACGACGAGGGAAUUGAAGAGAUUGUGUGGGGCGGAGAUUCGGGUUCCUUUUGAUUUUAUUCCCGAGGGGUAUGUUAAUCCUCCUACUUCGAAGGCGGGAAGUGUGGUGGGUGAUGAUGGGGAUGUUGUUUCGAUUGUGGAGAUGGAAGAAGAAGAAGAAGAAGAAGAUGAUGAUGAUGAUGACGAACUGGGAUCGGAACCGAGACAUAAAAAUUUGGUUGAUCUGGGAAUGCCGGGAUGGGCUCAUGAAUGGGAAGAUAUGACGAAGAUGCAGAGACAUUUUCAUAUUGUUGCAGCGGGAGAUUGGAGAAUGGGCCCGGCGUUUGAUGUUAAGAGUAAUUAUUCGGAUUAUUUUGGGGUGCCGUUGUUUGAACCGAAUGAUGUUGGUCUGAAUGGGGUUAAUAUGAGAGAGGUGCGUGGAUUGGAGAUUCCGGGCUUGAAGGAAUUGGAGUUGAGGUUUCGAUUGGAGGGUUGUGAGGGAGAGGAUGAUGGGUGUGUGGAGAGAGGUCAGCGGAGAUGUUCUGAUGAGGAUGUCACGACUGGAAGUCCGACGGAAUAUGAUAGUGAUGGCUUUCUAUACGAUGAUUACAACGGUGGAGAGGGUACGGGAAAUUCUGAUCCGACAGAAUCCACAGGUUCCGAGGCGGAUCGAUUCUCUCGCCGUCCUUCUGAGGUUUCUCUGAGCAAUAGAUCUGGCGAUGGAUCUGAAGAAGGAGAUUAUGCGGGUUCGAUUGUUGAAGGAUAUGACAUCACUGAUGAUCAUCGCACUGGCGCCAACACCAACAUACGCACCAGUGAUAGUUUCCGAGGACGCAUGGCACGUAGCUAUACCUUCAACAGCAGAUUCAGUCAAGACAUUUUAGCGCCACCAAAUGCAGAGAGUCUCGUCAGCGAAGAACCAUACGAUACCGACGAUGACGAAGACUACGAAAGCGAUGAUGGAGUAUCUGUCAAUUACUCUUUUGGUAAUUCCUCAUACCAUGGUACGGAGUGUCAAGAAGAUUACGCAAUCGGUACAUCGAAAUUCGCACCCCACGCAUUCCAACUCUACCCUCCGUACGAAGUAGCUAAUGAUUGUACGACCAUUGGUAUUGCGCCUUCGGAAAGAAAAAAUGCGCGUCCUGCGUCCUGGGAUGCGGAUUUUAUGGAAGAUAUACUCGGCUAUUCCGCCCACGAAGAAACCCAUAAACCUCACGAUCCGACUGCGGAAAUGGUGAUAAUGAGUUAUUUGGAUCCCGUUCCCACAUCCAGAAGAUCGUCAUCGAGAUCGAGAUCUUCGACAGGUUCAUUGACACCGGUGCCGUCGUCGACAAAGUCUGCGAAAGCCACGAAAUCUUUCGUUCCUACCGUAAAAUCACUUUCCCGAGCUUUCGGGAAGAAUCGAUCGCUCCCCCCAACCCCAGAAGACGCACCAUGCGAAACCUUCUCGAAAUCCGCAUCCAAAAGCGCCAGCUCCCUCCGCAAAUCCUCCCUCUCCACCGCCAACAUCGCCAAACUCAACAGCCACAAGCCCAAAGAAAAAUCCUCGCUCCCCAACCCCCCAGCCACAAAACCAAAAGCACACACUCCAAAACCCCCCUCUCCAAACCCCCCCUCAAACCCAAAUCCAAACCCCACCCCCUCCUCCGUCUCAAACCCCGCAAAUCCAAGAUCCCCGCCCCACCCAGCUCCACCUCCUCCAGCAACUCCAACACCUCCUACGUCGACCUCACGCGUUCCGGUUCCGCAUAUGCGGUGCCCCCCGCCCAAUCCCUCAUUCUCUAUCUGCACGGCCGCGGAUUAG